AUGCGUUAUAUAAAAGUCGAUGACAGCUUAGUAUUUUGUGGCAUCAGGUUUGACUUCUCCGGAUGGCGCAAUUUCAGUGAAUUUUCUCUUAUAGCACAAGAUCUGGGCUUAUACACCAUUUUGAGAAUCGGUCCCUACACCUGUGGCGAAUGGGAAAAUGGUGGUUUCCCGUAUUGGCUUUUGAAUAAAGAGGGUAACAAACCGCGUACGAGCGAGAAAGGAUUCAUGAAAGCUGUGGAAAAAUUUUAUAUGGCACUGCUUCCUGUUAUAAAGCCACUAUUGCGAAAAAAUGGUGGUCCAGUGCUGAUGCUGCAGAUUGAGAAUGAGUACGGUAGCACCUCCUUCUGCGACAGAACUUAUACAACUUGGCUGCGAGACUAUGUUCGCGGUUAUCUAGGCAACGACACUGUUAUAUACACUACUGAUGGAGGAUCGGAAGAUUAUCUGAAAUGUGGAGCCGUACCUGACACAUACCCUACUGUCGAUUUUGGUCCAACUUCAGAAGAAAACAUCAAAGCAGCAUUCGAUGCGCAACGAAAAUACAUGCCUAAUGGGAGAGGACCUAUAGCGAAUUCAGAGUUCUACCCAGGAUGGUUCGUGCUUUGGGGACAAAAAUCCGCUAAUGUCCCAACAGUUGAUGAUAUAAUGAAAUCGGCAAAGUAUAUGUACAGCCUGGGAGCAAGUUUCAACUUCUACAUGAUCCAUGGUGGAACCAACUUUGCCUUUUGGAAUGGAGCUUCUACAAACGCUCCA